AUGAACAUUGUAGGAAAGCUCAGUUUAAUGAUACCGUGGAGUAUAUUCUUGCUUCAUUCACUGCUGUCCACUUUGCAAGGAUCUUAUUGCAAGCUUCCUCUUUUGAGAAGAACUUUGAGAACUGAGUCUAAUGCAACUCGACAGAAAAGAGAUCUUGUAACAGCUGAGCUGAGGGUAAUGGAGCCUCUGAGAGAAGCAGGACUGGAGGUGUCCUCGGAGGGCCCUCAGCAGGGAGGUGCUGUUGCACCAAGGACACUGCAAAAUGGCUCAAAGGCCAGAAGCAGCUUUUGUGAGGUUCAAUCUGCCUCUCUGUUGCACCAGCAUGGGGCCCUGAUGCGGAGUCCACCAGGAGGUUCAUGUCCUCAGGAGUGCCUGAAUGGAGCAGCCUGCACAGAGGCAGGUGACUGUGACUGUCAGUUAUUUCAGGCUCAAGGAAGCAGGUGCCAAAUCGUACCUAACACUGGCAAGGAUCGAGAUGGGAUUUGCAAAUCCUGGGGACAGUAUAGUUUUGAAACAUUUGAUGGCAUCUACUACUACUUCCCAGGGAAUUGCUCCUAUAUAUUUGCAAAAGACUGCAGUACUCUGGAACCUCAGUACACUGUUUGGGUUCAUAACAGUCCUCACUGUUAUGGUUCAGUAUAUACUUGUCAUAGGUCUAUCAGCUUAUUUUUUUCAAACCAAGAAGAAAUAAUGAUUUCAGGACAUGAAGUAAGAAAAAAUGGAAUCAGAUUGAUAUUGCCUCAGACAGUUGGAAAUGCUUUCAUUGAGAGACUGGCUGACUAUAUUCUGGUGAAGACUACCUUUGGCUUUUCUCUUGCUUGGGAUGGAAACUCUGGUAUUUAUAUUAAGCUGACAGAAGAUCAUAAGGGAAAACCUUGUGGCCUUUGUGGAAAUUUUAAUGGCAAUAAAUAUGAUGACCUAAUACUUCAAAACAUAGGUGAAUCUACAGAAGACAUUGCUGAAUUUGCAAAUAGCUGGGCUGUGCAAGUCUCAGAUGAUAUAGUUUGUGUCCCUACUGCCUCAGAUUUUUCCAGUCCUUGCUCAGCCAAUGCAGAAUCCACCGAGGACAUAUUCUUCAAGUGCCAAAUAUUCCUACAGUUUCCUUUUCUCAGCUGUCAUGAAAGUAUAGAUCCGUAUUCUUAUAUUUCAAGCUGUAUGAAUGAUCUUUGCAGAGUGGAUGAUGAUGAAACAUACUGCAGGGCAGUGACAGAGUACGCUAGAGCAUGCUCUCACGCUGGGUCCCCGGUGCGGGACUGGAGGGAUGACUUUCCUGCCUGUACUGAGAAGUGUGAAGACACCUUUGUUCACCGUGACUGUAUCAGUUGUUGUCCACCUACUUGCACAUUUGAAAAGGAUUGUCUUGGCAGCAAUCUGCAUUGUUUAGAUGGCUGUUACUGUCCAGAUGGUCUCAUUCUGGAAAAUGGAACUUGUAUCUCUUUGUCGAAUUGUCCUUGUAUUUAUCAUGGAACUGCUUUCCCUGUAGGCUCAAAAAUUGAACAAGAAUGUAGCAACUGUAUUUGUGUUGGUGGUAUUUGGAACUGCACUGAUCAUGAUUGUCCAGCUGAGUGCUCCAUCACAGGCAGCUCUCAUUUCACGACAUUUGAUGGACGUCAUUUUACCUUUCUUGGGAUUUGCCAGUACAUUUUGGUAAAAGGCACUGGAAAAAACCAGUUCACAAUCACUUUACAAAAAGCACCUUGUGGACAGAACUUUGACCACGCCUGCAUUGAGUCUAUAACACUGGUUCUUGAGGAUGAUGUGAGGAAACAAGUAACUCUCACAAGAUAUGGUCAAAUCCAAACUGUCCCUAACCAAGUUUUUAACCUCAAUGGGGCUAUUGAAAUUCAGAAUAUAUCUUCUUUCUUUGUUCAACUGAAAACUAGUUUUGGUUUGAAGAUACUGUUUGCUAAAGAUGGAGAGAGGAUAUAUGUUCAAAUUGAUGUCAGAUGGAAGAGAAGAACAUUAGGACUAUGUGGAACUUACAACGGAAAUUUAAGAGAUGAUUUUCUAUCUCCAGCAGGGAUGAUAGAAGGGACCCCACAACUUCAUGCCAAUGCGUGGAAGGUUUCCUCAGCUUGCUCCAUGCCUAUCAAUAUUCCUGUGGUUGAUCCCUGCAACGUGAAUCAGCAAAAUGCUGGGUAUGCAUCUCACUGUGAUAUCAUCAACCAAGACGUGUUUGCUCCGUGCCAUGCCUACAUCAGUCCAGGGCUGUACUACCAGCUCUGCCGCUUCGACGCGUGCAAAUGUGGGAGCAGCUGCCUGUGCAAUGCUUUGGCCCACUAUGCUCAUGUCUGUGGCAAGCACGGCGUCGUCAUUGACUUCAGAUCUCAUGUUUCUUACUGUGCUGUGAUGUGUCACAGUGGUAUGCUUUAUCAUCAGUGUUCUUCUUUUUGUAAACAUUCCUGUGCUUCACUUUCUAUGGCAAAUAUCUGUGCUGAUGAUUGUGCAGAAGGAUGUAAUUGUCCUGAUGGGAAGUAUUUUGAAGAGUCAAUCAACUUUUGUGUAUCAAUGUCUGGCUGUCAUUGUCAUUACAAAGGCAAAACACUCCAGCCUGGAGAAAUCCUUUCUACGCCAACAGGCUCCUGUCAAUGUUUGAAUGGAACAGUGAAAUGUAUUGAAGCCACUACAGAAAACAUAGUUCACAUAUGCCCUGAAGGAAAAAUCUACUAUGACUGCAGAUCUCCUGUGCCUGGGUUACCAGCAGCAGGUGUGAAUUGUGGGAUCUCUUGUGCGAACCUUGCCAUGAACUUCUCCUGUGUCCCCUCACCACCCUGUGCAAGCGGCUGCAUUUGUCCCCCUGGGAUGGCUGAGCAUAGAGGGAAAUGUUAUAUUCCUGACAGUUGUCCAUGCACCUGGAAAGACAGAGAAUUUCUGUCAGGAGAAGUGAUAGCUACUCCAUGUUACACCUGUGUUUGUCGGAGAGGCGUCUUCAACUGCACCAGUUACCCCUGCCCUGCUGUGUGCACCAUCUAUGGAGACCGGCACUACUACACCUUCGAUGGGCUGGAGUAUGAUUAUGUCAGUGACUGCCAAACUUACCUGCUAAAGAGCACAGAUAACUCAAAUAUAUCUAUAAUUGCUCAGAACAAAAAGUGCUUUGACAAUGAUAUUGUUUGCUCAAAGAAUGUUUUCAUCACUGUUGGAGACACAGAGAUUUAUUUUAGUGAACCUUCUGAGAAGCAGAACAACCUAGGAGCACAAGACAACAAAUCUAACUAUCAGCUCUGGAAGGCUGGAUAUUACACUGUGAUACACUUUCCAGAACAGGACAUCACAAUUCUGUGGGAUAAGAAGACAAUGAUGCAUGUAAAAGUUGGACCUCGAUGGAAGGGCAAACUGGCAGGCUUGUGUGGGAAUUUUGACAAAUAUACUUCAAAUGAUCUGACUACAUCAAACAACAUGGAGGUGAGAAAUGCACAGGUGUUUGGAGACAGCUGGGUAUUAGGACAGUGCAAGAGCCCAAAUGAAACACUGAGACCAUGUGAAGUACAUCAAAGCAAGUUCCCUUAUGCAAAAAAGGAAUGCUCAAUUUUAUACAGUGAUCUUUUUGCACCUUGUCGCAAUGUGAUUGAUGUGACUUCUUUUAUCAAGAAUUGUCACACAGAUACAUGCAACUGCAAUCUUGGUGGGGACUGUGAGUGUCUGUGUACCAGUAUUGCAGCUUAUGCCCACAAGUGCUGCCAGCAAGGAGCAGCGAUUCACUGGCGAUCUCCUCUGCUCUGUGCUUAUGACUGUGAAUAUUACAACCAAGGUCUUGGUGAAGGACCCUAUAUUUUGGCAAGUUUUGGAGUGAAUGACACAAUUAUAGGGGCUAAUGUAUCCAGCAGAAGGAUAUUUCCCUUGCCUAGAACUGGAGCACAUGGAAAUGUAAUUUUCAGUUUCAUGAUAACUCCAGGUCUUUUCAAAGAUAAAGAUUUAUCUCUGUCUCUUGUUUCACUUGAAUCUGCUGAAAGACCAAACUACUUUCUGUGUGUACAUGACAAUGAAACCAUUGGGUUGGAGCAGUGGCAGGCAAAUGCCUCCUUUCAGAGACGAGCCACCUUCUUCCACCACCAGGGUCUCUGGAGUCCAGGGCUCAGUGCCUUCGAGCUGCACAGUAAAAAAGGCUUUUUCAUCAUUCUCACCUCAUCCAGUGUUAAAGUGGAAAAGUAUGAUGGUUCAGAAGAAUUCAAACAUUUCAGUAGCUUUAGUGUUGAAGAACUCAGUGCUUCUGUGCCUUACAGAAGGAUGUGUGAAUGGCGAUAUGAAUCUUGCGCUAAUCCUUGUUUUAAGACAUGUAGUGAUCCUGAAGGAAUAGCAUGUAAAUUUCUUCCUCUGGUUGAAGGAUGCAUGCCAUACUGUCCCAAAAACAUGAUCCUUGAUGAGGUCACACUUAGAUGUGUUUAUCCAGAAGACUGCAUACCUGUGACACCUACAGAAUCAGACAUUGGACUGAAGCCUUCCGUGUUAAUCUCUCACAUGGGUCCUACCACAGAGAGAUUUCCUCAGACACUCCCUGUGUUUGUUACUUCAAGGAAUAAAUCAACUCUCAUCGGUGUGACAGACAAAAUAACCAUAAAUGCAAACACAGCUUCAAGCGGAAUGAAUAUGUCGGCACAGUCCAUUACAGACUUUUAUUCACUGGAAGCUUCUAAUGCAGCCACCUAUUCAACAUUUUCAUUACCAAGUACAGUGGAGCCUUCCGAUGUACUUCACAGCACAGCCAGCCCUACUGUCCUUUCCAAACCCAUCCCUUCAACAGAUUUUCCAGUUCUUUUUCAAGCCUCAGCAGUCACAUCACAUACUGCCCGCUCUACUGCAUCUAUAACUUUACCCAUUGCAAUAACAACUCCAACAACCCUGCUUGGUGCAAGUCCUAUUCCAACACAUUCUGCAUUAUUAACACCCACUUCCCUAGUUGUAGUUCCAUUUUCACUUGAAACAUUAACCACACAGCUAGGAACUGUUCAACCUUCCUCAGCACUAAGAACUUUAGCCUCCAAGAUAUCUUUGGUCACUUCUGAGCUGCCUGCAGGGAUUGGGAAGAGUGGGAGUCCUUCAGUAAGUCAUUCUAAGGGAGCAGAAAUACACUCUGAAGUGUCUUUGUCUGCCUUGAGGGCUGACAGAGAAACUUUCACAAGACCUGUAUUUCUUCUAGGUCCACGAUUGACACUAGACACAUCUACUUCUCCUAUAUCCACUUUGUCUGCUAGAACUAGGUCUGGCAUUAGUCAAACUGCAGUUUACCCAACACGUGGUUCUGCACUGACUUCAACUGCUCCUCAAAUUCCUAUGACUACUAGAUUUUCUAGCUCUGAGACAAGUGUUCCUCAAUUAAUCACAGUUUCAUAUUUCAGAACAUCAAAGCCCCUGUCUAAAACUUCUCUGAUAUCAUUAAAUUCUAGCUCUUCAACCAGUUUUUCUCCAAAGCCACUUUUAUCUUCAGUGCAAACUUCAAUGACUGUCCCUGAGCAGACAUCUCCAUUAAAAAAGGGUAGUAUUUCUGCUGCUCUGCCAAUAAUGACUGUAUGGUCACCUCAAGUUGUUUCCGAAAUCCCUAAAAACACUUCUUCAAGUCCUGCAGCAUGCACAGUAUCUACACCGGUGCAUUCUCUGUUUACCUCCCUCAAGCCCAAAGCUAUAGCAGGUGCCACUGUUGCCUCCCCAAGUUUUUCUACAGUACCUUCUAGUGCCUCCACUCCUCUAAUAAAUUCAGCAAUCUUUGAUAGGUCUGUAGUAAGUAAAGCCUCAACAGAAAAUAAGCAAAUAAUGCACACUGAUUUCUUUUCAUUAUCAUUCAUUUCUAAAAAGCCAAAGAUAUCUGUUACGCCUACAGCCUUCCCUCUCAGGACAUUGGUAUUACCUCUAAAUUCUACAUCAAUAACUGCUUCAGAACUUGCAGAGUACCCAAAAAGUUCAGAUACAGAAUUGAAAACUGACCUUGUGGCUCAAAGCUCAGGUACUUCCAUUUCCAAAAAUCCUUCUUUUACAAGGUCAUUAUCUUUAUUUACAACCGUGUUAUCAACAUCAGAACCAUUUUAUGUGACAUCUCAGACUACAAGUUUUUCAUUGAUUCCCAUAGUCAGUAGCACAUCAUCACUAACACAAAAUAUAAGUGCUACCCAAGCAUCAGAUUUGUCUCUACAUACACAAGAAACUUCAAAAAUUCCAAUUAUAGACCUUGCAACUUCUGUGGAUUUUUCUAAAUUCACUUUAAAAAUAAGUCUCUCUACCAACUUUUCAGCAGCACUAAAAACAUCCAUUGUAAUGCCCUUUUUACUAACGCCUAACACCUCUGAAAUCAGUUUAGAAAGCCAAGCCUCUAUGCCUUCACCUCCUCCUAAGACCACUCAUAUCUCUAAUGUUUCUCUAGGAAAACAGAGUUCUUCGGUAAGUUCUUCAGAAGAAGAAGGAACAAUAUCAGCCAUACCAGCUGGAAUCAUCACUCAAUCCACUACGCCAAUGAUCAGGAACACAACAGUGAAUGCUACAUCCUCAAAAGCACCUUAUAUUUUUGCAAAAAUGCUGCCUAGUUCUUCAGCCAGUUUAUUAGUUACUUCAGGUACCACCACCCUAGCCUCCAGGAUUACUACAAAAACUGCUGAUUCUUUUGUUGUCAAUUUGGAUUUUUAUAUGGCUUCAGCUUCAGUUCCUACCACCAUAGAAACACACAAAUCUUUAUUUACAACUGCAGUAACUCAAGCUUCACAGAGCACCGGAGAAACUCCAAACAUUAGUAUAACAAAAACAACUGGUACUGGGAAUCCAUUAUCACAGAUGAAGAGUACCUCAUACAUAGCAUCAGAAGUUAAAUACACAACUUCAUUUGAAAAAACUGUGGAUAUUUCAGAAGAUGGUCAGACAUCACAUGAGCAAAAAAAUGCUACCAAGAUAAAGACAACCACAACUGACAAAUCUUCCCCACCUUAUUUGCCAGUAACUGCACUUCAGAGUCUGCUUUUAUCAAGAAAUACAACCUCAGUCAAAAAUGUCUCUAUUUCUGGAGUCCUGGAUGUAACGACAUCAGAUAGGUCCAAAAUCCCAACACAGAAACCCAAUACACCUUAUUUUAGUGUAACAGAGGCCACAGAGCUGCAAACCAGAGCUGUGAUAGAUUUAUCUCUUUCUAGUGGCGGAAUGGCUCUGCCUUCCUCAUCAGAAACGAUGGCUGUAGCUGACAAGGCUUACUUUGGCACCAUGAUGCAUACACUGGUAUCUACAUCUUCUGAGUGUGUGCCAAGAUACCUUGAACCUGUUGACAAAUGUAGCCAGUAUGUAUGUGUUAAUACGGCUUGGAUGUUAUACAAUCUUUCAAGGAACUGCCCUAAGGAUGUGCAGAAGCCAGACUGUGGUUUUCGAGGAAUGCCUGUUCAAGUUAACACUGACAGCUGUUGUCCAGAAUGGGAAUGUCCCUGUCAGUGUUCUGUACUGUCUGAACUGAGUGUUAUUACAUUUGAUGGAAACAACUUAGCCCUGUGUAAUAUGGCUUCCUAUGUUUUAGUCAAGUUACCAGGAGAAAUUAUUGUUGCUCAUAUUGAAAAAUGUCCUGCUAAUCAGAGUGCAAAUUCAAUAAGAAAACUAGUGCCACCUGCAAACACUUCAGGGCUCUGUUUUAAGAAAUUAAAUGUCACAACAUACACUUGUCAAAUACUUAUCAAUCGUUUAGCAAGAAAAGUAGUGGUGGAUUCUGUAAUUCAACCAUUACCAUUUUCAAGAGAAGGACUGAGUGUUCAGGACACUGGUGCAAUGUAUGUGGUUAAUACCCCAGCUGGUUUUAGCAUCAAGUGGGCUCAUGUUACAGGCAUCAUAGAUAUACAGUAUGGAUUACACUCCAACACAACCAGGAAGACAGAAGGACUUUGUGGGGUGUGUAAUGGAGAUCCUAGUGAUGACCUGAAAAUGCAAAACAUGACCAUAAUUACAAAUAUGGAGGAAAUUGAAAUGUUCAUUAAGAGCUGGGAAAUUGAGAAAUCACUUGAUGUAACAACCAGGAGGCCAGUAAGAAACUGUACUGAAAAUAACUGCACAUACUGUAUGGAACUGUUAAACAGAAGCAUUUUCAUCCCUUGUCACAAGAAAGUGUCACCACAGGAAUUUUGUGAGAAGAUGUGGAUCAACAGUACUAAUUUUUGGAACUAUGAGUGUGAUGCACUUUCUGCAUAUGUGGCUUUAUGCAACAAGCACAGCAUCUGCAUUAAAUGGAGGACAUCUGAUUACUGUUCAUUGAGCUGUCCUGAGGGCAAGGAAUACCAGCCUUGCGUGCAACCCUGUGAAGCCAAGACAUGCUUGAAUAAAUGGUUCUAUGAAGAUUCUCCCUGUUCCUAUUUAAGGGAAGACUGUGUGUGUAAAAAUGGCACCAUUCUGCAUAGAACAGACUCAGACCUCUGUAUACCAGAAGAGAAAUGUACAUGCACAGAUAAUAAAGGACAACCCCGCUCUGCUGGGGAGAUCUGGAAUGGGUCCAUGAGAGGGUGCUGCAUGUAUGGCUGUUUAGAAAAUGGAAGCAUUAUUGCUGUAGAACCUGACUGCAGUGAGGAUCCACCACCAGUCUGUGAAAGAGAAGGGGAAGUUCUACUCCAUGUCAUUGAAGAGACAGCUUGCUGUCCCAAGACAGUCUGUGAAUGUAACAUGUCGUUGUGUGAUGCCAUUAUUCCAGCAUGCAAACCCAAUGAAAAAAUAGUGGUAGGCUACCACCCCCUGUCCUGCUGCCCACAGUACCGAUGUGAAUGUGAUCCUUCAGUUUGUUUUAAUGCCUCCCAGCCUGACUGCAGAGAAGAUCAGUUUAUUGUUGAGGCAAAACAGGAAGAUCCCUGUUGUUUCUCUCAUCUCUGUGUUUGUGAAUCCUGUGUUGAACCUGUUCCCUUGUGUAGUGAAGGGGAAAUUCUCACUGUAGACCUUAAUACCAUACACUACUGUUGUCCUCAUUACUACUGUGUUUGUGAUGAAAAGCUUUGUUCUGAGCCUCCUAUGAUUUGCACAGAUGACAUGACACCUGUGAAGGAAAAAAUACUUGGGCAAUGUUGUCCGGAAUGGCACUGUGAAUGUAGUUGUGAAAAUGCUACUAUGCUGACCUGUAAAUUGGGAGAAGUUAAAAAAAUAGAUAGCAGUGUUUCCAGUGCUUGUGGAUGCACUCACUACAUUUGUGAGAAGGAUGAUGUGUGCAUCUUCCAAGAGGUCACAGUACUGAAUCCUGGACAGUCAGUGAUUCAGUACUUGGAUGGAGACCUUUGUUACACUGUACAGUGUUUACAAGAAAAAGAUCAGAACACAGGCUACAAUGCCAUGCAUUUCACAAUGAUGAACUGCUCCCAGCAAUGUGAAGCUAAUCAAGUAUAUAUUCCUUCCUUCAGUCACCAUACUUGUUGUGGUACAUGUCAAAACGUGUCCUGCUCUUUUCAUACAGAGAAUGGAACACUGAUUUUGUACGAGGAAGGAAGCACCUGGACCUCCAACUGUACCAACUACAAAUGUGUGAAGACUGCUGCAGGGGCUAUUGUACUGGGGUCAAGUGUUGUCUGCCCCCCAUUUAAUGACACUGAGUGUACAAAGAAUGGAGGAAUUGUGCAGACGUAUAAUGAUGGCUGCUGCAAGACCUGCAAAAAGGAAGAAAGGAUUUGCCAGAAAAUGACAAUCAGAACAACCAUAAGAAAAAACGACUGUAUAAGUCAAAGCCCGGUAAAUGUAGCUUCAUGUGAUGGAAAAUGCCCAUCUGCAACAAUUUUCAAUGUCAAUAUUGAUAGCCAUCUAAGAUUCUGUAAAUGUUGUCGAGAAAUUGGAACACGAGUUGUGACUGUGCCCUUGCGCUGCUCGGGGAACGGCACCGAAAUCCUGUACGUCAUUCAAGAGCCCAUAGACUGCUCAUGCCAGUGGAACUGAACGUUGUUGUGGACAUGGUUUAGUUUUCACCAGACACAGUUUUUGGUCAUGGAUGGGUAUAGUACUCUUCAGGAAAAUAGAAAAAGCAUCAGUUAUGCUUUAUAAUGUAACUUUUCCCAAAUUUAAUCAAAGAUGUUGUUUGUUCUUCAAAUUGUCCUAGAAAAUAUCGGCAAGAAUAGAAAAAAACCAUAAAUCCUUUUGAGCAAGGUCUGGUUGAUCCAUCAUUUAUUUCUACUCAAUGGCUUUCUGGUGAGGUGGUGAAAAAAGCUGGUUAGUAUUUCCAUGUUUUAAAAUUUUGGAUUGUGGCUACCCAUCAGAGUUGAAAAUUUCUCAAACCAUUUCUCAGUGGUUCAUUUGCUUAGAGGCCUCCAGUUGAAAACUAUCACCAGUUCUAUGUUUAAAUGGGAAAGAAGAAUAUUAGGAUUUUGAAAAUGACUGAAUUAAUUUAUUUUAAAAAUAGUGGGUUCAAGUGUAACAUUUUUUACCUUGCUCAAAAAUCUAUCUUUUGUCCAGAAAGCUGUUGUCAAUGAUUGGAUUCUGCUUACCCUGUAAGUCACUGAGAAACAACAUGACUGUAAUCUGUAAGUACUUGUAGGAAACCUCCAGAGUAUAUAGCAGAAUCAUAAUAUCUUGAAACCUUAGACGUAUUUAAUUUUUAUGUAUAUUAUAAAUAUGAAGCAUGACUAGACAAAGGCUGAAGAGUGAUAGUUUUUGUGCAUUAAAAAUAUCUGAAAGCCAUUUCUGCUAUGAAAGUUUCCAUUUUAUAUCAAUUUUUUCACUUUUCACAGAAAAGAAAUUGGCUGUUUGCUAGUGUAGAAUAUGAUUAUAUGUAUAUAUAUUUAUUAAAAAACCCCACAAUACUGCACAUUUUAAAUAUUCAUAAUGGGUUUUGUCUUUGUUUCCCAGUCUGAAGAUUUGUGUUCAAUAUAUUUUUAAUUUUUUUUUCCAAUGCAGAUAUUUAGACUAUUGCCUGAAUUUAGGAUUCAUAAUUUUUGAGUCCAGAAAAAAAAACAGGUAAAAUAAAUAAUUUGAAGGACUUAGGUGAGUUAUUCAUGCUCAAUCAAUCUGUAAAUAUCCAUGAUUCAGCACCUUAAGGUGAAUAUCAUCUCCCUUUUACUCAACAUACUAUAUAACCUGCUUUUAAAAAUAAAGAAUACAAGUUUAAACUUGUUUGUAGAAGAUUACUUUGCCUUAUAAACUUACUGAAUUAAAAUUAUAUUAAUUAUGACAGUAUUUUCUUUAUCAAUUGUCCUUUUAACUGUGUCAGAAUUAAAAUUCAUGUCUAUAAGUUUGGAAAUCCUCUGACAGUUUUGAUUUUUAAGCUAUCAUAAUUUAAUGAUGAAAAGGUUGGAUUGUCACCUGGCUUGUUACAGUGAAAUUAAAGUAAUUAAAACUGCCUUAAAAUCCAA